AUGGAUCGUCAUGAUGAGAUUCUACAAAUGUUUUUCGAUGAGGAAUUUGUCCCGCAGGCAUACCUAGAUAUAUUGCUUUCAUCCGUUGAUCGGCCAUUGAACGAACUGCAGCAGAUUUCCGCAUCUCUACUUUAUAGAUUGGAAUACUAUACCGGAGUCUUGACGAAAGAUCUGGAAGAUACCAUAAGAAGGUUGCAAAAGCCAGCCGAAUUGUUGAACUAUUCAGUCACCAGCGAUGAUAUUGGGAAUAUGAAGACCACGAGGUUAGAGUAUUAUAUGGAUACACUGGCCAAUUCUGUACAAUCCCUGGAGGUGGAUGUUGGAAAAAUCAAUACGGAACUCGCGCAGUUAGACGCCAGCUAUGAGACUAGCACGCAAAGUGUGGCCAAGAUCACGCAACUGGAGCUGGUAAAGUCGCGACUGCAAGAUGUGCUGAGUGUGUUCCAGCAGUUACAGAUAAUCUUGCGAAUCUCAGUUGGAGAGAAGGAGGGGGCACUCCAAAAUGUGGAUGUGAAUGAAUUUACCGUUGCAUUGGAUACACUGAGGGACACAAUUAUUAAGAAACUGGAAGAAUGCCUGGAAUCUGAAACUGCGACAGAAAAGAACGAUGAACUUUUGUCAAGAAUCGAUUCUUUUACUGCCUUAAAGGUGGUUUUCAAGGGAUUCAACAAGUUUUAUCCAGUUUACCUGCAGUUUGCAAAUAAGAUACAGAAGGCAAAGGAGCAUUACUUGUCUCAAAAAGUGGAUGAAAAUAUCUGA